UUUGGUCAUUUAAGCGUCGCCGACAAAAGGGACGAGCUCCCAUCACAUUUUUCCAUGACUAGGCGAAUAGUCGUUACUCCAACUCGCACGAUCCCACUCCCAAAGGAACCGAUUGUCCAAAACAGGAUUAUACGUCAGUACGAUGAUGACUUCUUUAUCCGGGUGAUGUUCCGCGAUGAAGAUUUUACAAGACUGAGUGCUGUACGGGUGGAAGGCCUAAAGAAAAUCACAGAACGACUUUGCAAGUUCAUGGAUGCUGGAUUCAAAAUUGGUGACAGGGAGUACGAGUUCUUGGCUUGCUCUAACAGCCAGUUGCGUGAACACGGAGUGUGGUUCUUCUGUCCUAACAAUGGCAAGACGGCAGAAAGCAUCAGGUUUGCGGCUGGGGAUCUAACAAAAGAGAGAUGUGUUGCCACGUACGUGUCACGCAUGGGUUUAUGCUUCUCUGCGUCUAGAGCUACAGUAGAGGUAGAUGUAGACGACGGUUCCGUGGAGUACAUUGAUGACAUCGAAUCCGAACCAUACUGCUUCACAGACGGCAUUGGGAAGAUAUCGGUGCCAUUGGCAAAAAAGGUUGCAGGUGCUUUGCUAAUGGAACCGGUGCCCUCCGCGUUCCAGAUCCGUUACGGUGGCUGUAAAGGCGUUGUUUCCCAGGAUCCCACCCUUGGCAAUGCAGAGCUAAUCCAUAUCCGAAAAAGCAUGCGUAAAUUCGAAUCCUCUUCCAAAAUUCUUGAAAUAUUACAGACAACUCAUCCAGGUCAGCUGCAUCUAAACAGACAAGUGAUAACUCUGAUGUCUGACCUUGGAGUCCCAGACCAGGUGUUCUUGACUCUGCAGGAGAAAAUGUUAUUCAACAUGGCUGACAUGUUAUUAGACAACAAAAGGGCUAUGCGUGCACUAGCGGAGGUCAAUAUUGGGAUGAAGUACAAAGACCUGAUGAGGGCAGGAAUAUCUUUCACCGGCGAGGCAUUUUUCAGGUCAGUAUUAAUGACAAUAUACAAACGCAAACUUGGUGAGUUGAUCCGAAAAACGAGGAUUGAAGUGGAUUAUGACCAGGGGAGGAUCAUGAUGGGAACUAUUGACGAGACGGGAAUAUUGGAUUACGGACAAGUCUUUAUUUCCUUUACAAAGCACGACGGGAUUAAAUACAACGGUACCAAAGUCCUAGAGGCCGAGGUCGUCGUUGCCAAAAACCCCUGUUUUCACCCUGGUGACCUGCGAAAGUUUCAAGCAGUAGAUGUUCCGGGACUUCAUCACCUGGUGGACUGUAUCGUGUUUCCUCAAAGAGGAUCCCGUCCACACCCAGACGAGAUGUCUGGUUCUGACUUGGACGGAGACAUGUACUUCGUUUGCUGGGAUAAGACUAUGCAUCCUCCAGGAGAAAACAAGGACGCUAUGGACUUCUCAAAGGCUAAUAAAACAGAGUUAAAGAAAAAUGUUCAAGUAUCAGAUGUCACUAAAUUUAUAUCGGAGUACAUCCGAAACGAUCAGCUCGGGGUAAUCGCAAAUGCUCACGUUGUACAUGCAGACAUGAAAGAUAUCUUCUGCAAGGAAUGUAAGACACUGUCGAAGAAGCACUCAGAUGCCGUGGACUUUCCAAAAACUGGGGCUGUGCCAGAGAUGACUGCAGAUUUAAGGUCCGAAAAGUACCCAGACUUUAUGAUGAAAUCCGAUAAACCACGGUAUACUUCCAAAAAAAUAUUGGGAAAAUUGUACCGCGAGAGUAGAUCGUUGGAGCUAGCUCACAACCGUACAUAUAUUAUGGACCUUCUCAAAGAUGCCUUUGUUGUCGACAGAGAUAUGAUGUAUCCUGGAUACGAGAAGUAUCUAGAUUCCGCACAAUUGUCGUAUGACCUGUACAAUGAAAAAGUCUCGCAACUAAUGUCUCUAUACGGAAUAGAAACGGAAGCAGAAGUUGUUACUGGUGCUAUUCAGAAACUAAAGAAGAAACGAGGUUAUCUCCAAAAUGAAAAAUAUGAAAUAGAGAAAAUCAUCCAAGGAAAAAUGAUCAUUAUCAGACAGAAAGUACGAGCAGACUUCUUUGAAGAGUUUGCUGAAGAAGGAGAAGACAAUUCUGUUUCUGCAGAUGAUACGAAAAAAUUCUUCGCAAAAGCGUCAGCUUGGUAUGUCGUCGCGUAUGAUGUGGAGUCUCAGAAAACCAACACUGGGAAACGCCUCCUCAGCUUCCCGUGGAUUAUGAGCGAUUUCCUGUCCCAGAUAAAAGCAAAUGCAUGUCUGGCCACCAGCGAGGAGACAACAGACAAAUCAGCUAAACCAGAAAGACCAGAACUCGUCCAAAUCGGCUCAUCAAUAGUAAGGCAUUUUGAUACGAGACACAAGGAUCGGUUCGCAACAUUUAAGGUUCUCUGUGAAACUUUCACCAUGAUUUCUGAUCACCUCCAUCUUUGCCUCGGACCGGGGAUAAGAGUGUCCUUCACAGGACUGCCACCAUUGUGUCUAAUGGAUAUGUACACUCGCGAUAUUGAUGUCUGUCUGGAACUGCAACAUCAGAUCCCCGAAACAGAUUUCAACAACCUGUUAAGGAAUGUUAUGGCAGGUUAUUGGCCUUUAACGCCGAGGUCAUUCCGCGUCCAAAUAGACGUAGAUCCUGUGACUGUCACAUUCAGCCAAAACACCAUCGAUAUAGGCAGAACAAAGUCCAUCCGAAGACAACUUCAAAAAAGCCAAACCUAUACGCUUAUCCUGACGUUUCUUCUCGACUGGGCGAGGAAGUACACAAUUAUUGGCAGAUCCCGAUCCGUAGUGUUUUCUGAAGUUGUUUUUACGUUGCUGGUUCUCAAACUCUUGUCGGAUGUAGACGGCAACUCAACAGAAACAAAGACAACGCAUGACGACAUGAAUCACUUGAAUGUAUCAUCUUGGCUUCCAGGAAAAAUAACUCCAAACAAGCAACUUCACACAGCUAGUCUUGUGAUGGCCGUCUUGCGAAAUUUUGAUUCUUUGCUGAUCAGCGAUAAGAAAGGGGAAAUUCGAAUAAAUGUGCCAGACCCAACAGAUGAUGUCAGCAGUCAACGGUUUCUGGUACCUGGUAAUCUAGGAUGGAGGAAAUUCAAACAUCUGACGGAGGAAAUUCUCUUCGUUUAUCAAGAAAUUGCAAAAAACAGAUCUGUAAAUAUCUUCUUUGAACAAAACAUCAUUGAAGAGGGUCAUCUGAUGAUCAAUCUGCCAUUAGAAAUUUGGGGGUCUGUAAUGUUUGCAGAAACCUACACCGCUAGACGAUUGUCAGCUGAGACCGGCGCCGAAAUCAGCAUACGAAGAAAGACGUUCAGGGAUAUCCCUGGACUCAUUUUAGAAGCAUGGGGAACCCGCGAAGAACUGUGGAAUGUUCAACAAUCUCUUCAAGAUCUGAAUGACAAGUCAUCAAAGUUCGUCACCACCUCAGCACGAGACAAAGCCUUCAUUGGUGGGGCAUUCAAGCGUAUAUUUUAUGGGUCGACAGGUCCGAAUCAGCAACUCAAAUUCGAUCGGUAUACUGGCAGAUGUCAACCAGCGCACAAGCAACUCACAUUGUACGUUCCAUUCGUAGACUCAUCUUGUCAGAAUGAUAAGAAUACAGCUUUGGAAAAGUUCAAAGAAGUAUUCAGGACACAGAUGGACCUCAUCCGACAAGAUUUCGAGAGAACAUACCAUGGGGAUCUAAGAAUUGCACUUACAUUCGGAAUAUACUACAUAUUUUAUGUUGAAAAUCCCCAGUUUACGAUAUCAGAAUUUGAAAUGGCGUUUGAAGGUCAUGUCAACCCACAGGAAAAGCAGCUAGAACUGAACCUGCCAGGGCGUGGAGGAUGGCGAAAUCGCAAGAGGCAUGGUCAGUUUACUAAAUCUAAACCCAGACGCAUUAGAGGCUCUUUCAUGCCUAAGGAGUGUGACAAAAACAACGUCAGUGCUUUCCUAGGCAACUCGAAUUUCAAAGAACGCCAUGAAGAAGUAAAGUAUCAUGCCACAUUCAAGUUGGGCAAUCAAGAUUAUGGAAAACCACAUAAUGGUCUCGUUAUCCUUGACAAAGAUCUCCUGUUCAUUGAGCUUCGGCUUUCUGAUUUGAAGUGGAUGGCGAUGGACGUGUGUCGCGGCUAUAUCGGUUUACCUUAUGCCAACAAACGUUUAGAUGUCCGGUGUAAGCUGCACUCACGACGUCUCAUGGACAUGGAAGGCGUACAAGAGAUGGCCGACACGAAAAUGCUUUUGGAGCCUAGCACACGUGUGCUGUUGAAACCCCAACCGAAUGUCCUUUACGUGUCUCCAGAGUUUAGGGACAGAGUAUCAUUCGUGAGAGAGAAGCACGUCAAAUCGUACCAUUAUGAGGGACCAGUGACAGAAUACAGCAUUUGGCAGGAUAUGAGCAUCGAAAUAACAACAGUGUUUGAGUAUUCGAUACCAGAUUCUAGUGGUAGAUUCCAGGACAUGGUAGAAAAACAGGAAGUCACCGUAAUACCUAAACUCCAUCCAUUGGACACAACGGAAACGGACUGGAACAGCUAUGCAGAAAACAUUUGGGAACUCAUUGAACAAUUAGGCGAACAAUUUGAUUCAGACUAGAUGGUUCAACCGAGAGCACAUAAUGCCACAAUACCCUUGCAGUGUUUGAACAGUAUACAUGUGUUAAUAAGAAUGAAAUCAAUGGCAAAAUCCCAAAUACGAAUUAUUCGUAAUCCGUGAACACUUUUGAUGUCGGCAUUAAAAUACAUAACUGUAUUCAUUUAUACAUAGCCAAGCCAUCGAUAGAUACACAGCAGAGAAGCGACUAUGGAAUGCCUUACUAUUUUGGGCGCCGCGUACAUAAGAAAGUGCAUUUAGUCCAAAUCGUUCGUAAAAGACAGUCUACAUUCGUGUUAAAGCGUCAUAAUGAAACCAGGCCCGUAUUCAUGGAACUGUUCUCAUGCUAAAGCAUGAAUUCUGUGCUCAAAUUACUUUUUUGUAACUCGCCUAAAUAACCUCAAACUAUCAAAAAGUCAAAUGUGAAAAUUGAAACCAGUAUUUGGCUUUGAGUCUCUUCAAUUUUUUCCAAAUCAUUAACAAAAUAAGAGUUGUUUAUUAAUUUAUGACUUAAAACAAGAAAUUAGGUCUGAGCACAAAAUCCAUGCUUGAGCAUGAGAUCGGUUUCAUGAAUACGGGCCCGGAAACAGUCGAGAUAAAGGGUUCUUGUAAAUAUAUUGUUAGUGCCAAUUUUGUGUUUUAACUCAUUUUCUUAACUUUGAGUGACGUGUGGUAUCUACACAGAUAGUAUAUUACCAAAAUUAGGGCGUAUCAAUUUGUAUUCAAACCGAUAUGUUGAUUAUCAUCGAAAGCAUACAAGCGGUGGUGCCUCCGCUUAGAAAUUAGGAUUUAAUUCCAUUCUUUUAAACACCUGUAUUCCUGUAUUAUAAACCUGCCCAACUUAACUUUACACAUUCUAGGAAAGAAUCAGUGUUACCUCGGUAUUUAUGAACACUGAUAAGCAUAUAUACGACAAUGUCUAGACUUCACAAGUGAAAAUUCUUUAUUAUCAGUUCUGUUAUGCAUCUUUUAUCAUGUUUAUAACAAAAUGUACAACAUCAUAAACUAAGCUGUACAUUAUGAUGUAUAUAUAUAAAAAAUAAACAUGUAUUAUUCCUCUGCAGUAGCUGCGUGAAUAUGAUGUAUCAUUUUAACCUUAAAUAAAAAGUGAAAUUAAACAACUAACCAAAUUGAUUCUGGGCACUCAACUGCAAGUAACAAAAGGGAAACUGUUCAUAUUUAAGUAGCGGAUUUAGUUCCGCUACUAGACUACCGUUCUAAGUUAAAUAUUUGUUUUCCAAAUAUACAGUAUUUACAAAUUUGAUUAUUUGGUGAUAUUU